AUGAUUGCAUCUAUACUUUGCGGGGGGCUGAUCGAGCGUGCCAGCGGCGUGCCUGUUGAGGAGCGCGCGGAGGCUUCACUGAGCCUGGAGACCAAGCUGCUGCACAAGUUUUUGCCCCCUGUGGACGUCUGUGUGGGCGUGCAGUAUGCUGGGUCCGCCUCAGAGGUCAUCCUUAUCCUCACCAUACAGGCGUCCACCCUGGCUGGUGCCAUGAUGGUGGUGGAUCACAAGUCGCGUGUGGUGUACGCCACCACCCAGCUGGGCGCCAUGCUGGGCUACAGCGCGCGCCAGGUCGCGUCCAUGGACCUGGCGUCCCUGAUACCGCCACCCUACAGCCAGAUGCACGCGGGCUUCAUGAAGGAGCUGGCCACCAAGCCCCCCGCCACCAGCUGCCGCGCCGGCGCUGUGGUGCACCUGCUGCGCUCGAACGGCGUCAAGGUGCCGGUCACCCUGCAUCUCUCCACUCACGAUGACGGGGAGCGGCUGCAGCACGUGGUGCGGGUGACGCCCUCCUCGGACGCCGCCGCCAUGGACAGGGCGCGGCUGGUGCUGGGGGUGGACGGGUCCGGGAUCAUCACCCGUGUCAACCCGGGGCCCAGCAGGGCGCUCUUUGGCUGCAGCCCGCAGGACAUGGUGGGCCGCCCCGUGCGUGCCUUUGUCAACGUGUUUGGGGAGUGGUCUCGAAUGCACGGGGAGGACGCGUCACUGCUGACAGCCCUGGGGCUCAGGGCGCUGGAUGGCGCGGAUGAGGCGUGGCGCGUGGGGGUGCUGGCGCAGGGGGACGGGGACAGCAAGGUCGAUUCCAGGACAAGCGCCUCGACACUGACGGCGGCCCUCCAGCAGCGCAACCGCGUGCGGCCCGCCCUGCUGCAGGCGCAGGUGGUCAUAAAAGAUCCCGAAGACGAAGCCUGCACGCACAGCGGCAGCGGCAGAGUCCCUGCCUUCGCCGCUGCUGCCGCCCCGGACGCCGCAGCCUCGGCUGGUGAUGAGGAGGAGGCGUCUCUGCAGCUGGUGCUGUGGCGUGCGGACGCUUUGGCGGCGGUGGUGGAGCUGGACAAAGCGCUGACCGUUGUGAGGGCGGAUGCUGCCGCUGGGCUGCUGUUUGGCGUCAGCAGCAAGAUGAUGAUCAAUAAGGACUUCAAGAGGCUGGCGGGGCUGCCUCAGAGCGCCACCGCUUCGGACCUGAUGACAGCGGCCACCGGGGAAGUGGGGCCCGGCAAGAAGGGCGGCCUCAAGGCGGGCGCAGCCCCCAAGGUCGGGGUGCGCAAGAGGCUGCACACCACGCACGCGGAUGGCCUGGCUGGCGGCAAUGGCAUCAGUUAUGGCGUGGCGUCGGUGGGCGAUGCGUCUGUGAGCCAGGCUUCCGGGUCGGAACCAGGUGACGGUGCAGGCAGUGCCGUGGGGGACGGCCAGGCUGAAGAGGAGCUGGCAGCAGACUUCAGGCGAGCCAAGCGCCUGAAGAAGCUGAACCGCAUGAUGACGUCCAGCGCGGCACAGUCCUCCACGCUGCGCUUCAAGCAGCAGACGUGGCUCUGCUUCGGCGUCAUCCUGGUGGCGCACGUGGUGGGGUACGCCAUACUGUCCACUCAGAUCCAGAAGCGCUUCGAGUGGGUGCAGGAGCCAGGGGCCGUGGAGGAGAAGGGGGAGCGUGUGCUCCCGGGCGUCGAUGCAGAGCACCUAUGA